CAAAACAAAAAUUUUAGCAAAUUAUUUAUACCAAUAUCUCUAUAAAAUGUUGCUAAAUAAGAAGAACCUGAUGUACAAACAGCUAGUAGAAAAGCUGUACGACAAAUGCCAGAGGAUACAGGCUGAGAAUGAGCGCUGUGUGAUGAGAGUAAACGGCAUCAAGAAGAUAGUGAAAAGAAGAAAUCACGAUGUGGAGCUGCUGAAAAGGCGGCUAGACAAGCACGGCGACGAUUGGCGCUCCGUUCCCAUGGUGGCACCUCAUCCCAAGGGAAAGACCGAGCAGAAACGCCGGGGACCCAAACCCAAAAAUAAACAGGCGGCCGACGGAACGGGAGCUCUCGGAUCUGUGCCUGGAUCCAAUCCUCCAGCAGCUCGGAAGCCCCGAAAGCAAAAACCCAAACAGCCACCGACCACUUUCAAUCCAAUAGUCCCGCCUCCACAUCCACAACCUCAACUGGGAACCUAA